AAUGCUCUCGCGGAGCAAAACGUUGGCUUUGGCUAGAUGAAAAUAAAUGAAACCAUCCAACUGAGAUCCCCACUCGGUAACGUGGGUCCGGAUCGAAGCGAAGCAAAAUUCGCAGUUAAGCACAAGGGCACAAGAAGUUCGGCAGGUCAGUCUACAUCGGUGCCCAGAAGGGUGGCAGAGCGUGUGUGUGUGUGUGCGUGCGUGUGUGUGGUGGUUGCUUAGCUUUAUCAACUAACCAGUAAGCCAGACUCACGCAAAACGGACCUGCGGAACACAGGGAACAAACAGACAAACAGCAGCAGCAGUAGCAGCAGAGGGCUAGCACCGUGGGAGACAAAAACCUCUACCAAAAUUCUGGACGCGCCAGGACGCAAUAGACUCUGCCCAUCCCGUAGCUGGUAGCUGAACUCGUCUGGCUGGCACAGUACCAUUUUUUUAAGCUGGCCACUACUCAUCCGUUUUCGCCCCUUCUUCAAAACGCUUAACGCACCAGUGUAUAGUAUGGAGCCCCAACCCCAGGUUUGAUGUUAUGUUUUGCGCCGCAAAAUGCUGCUUCCUCAUCAUCAUCAGUACCCAGCCCCGCAACGGUGCGUUUACGUAUCUUGAAGAUUCGCCAGAACUCAAACGACAGUCAGCUACAAACUAUCAACCCAAGCCCAAACGCAUCAGCAAAGUCAGCAGCAGCAGCACCUGCCAAAGCUCCUGAACAGCUCACGGUGUGCAUCAAAGUUGGCUUAAACAGCAAAGAAGCAAUCGCGCCCGGUACCUGUACGUGACACAAAUGUAGACGGAACGCAACGAAGUAAAGCGACCCGACACCGAAAGGAAAAGCAAAUGCAAUGAAAACAAGUGCAAAAUAAAAUCAAAACUACCAACAACAACAACAAAAACACACACGCGCAAAUAUAUAAACAAAACAAAAAACAACAACAACAAAAAACCAAAAAAAAAAAAAACAAAGAAGCAAACACCAUUACAAAUACAUUAAAGUACCAUUCAAUUUAUGAGCAUUAUGCCUACGCAGGGGAGCCAACACUGACAAAGAACAAAUAAGCAAAUAACAUUUACUAGUAAUAAAAGUACAGCAAAUAACCGUAUACACCGUAAUAUAAUAACAAUCAGAUAAGACACACAAAAAGAAACAACAACACUCAUGCUAGGCAAUGUAGCAAUCAAACAAAACUUACAAAAUCUACAACAACACAGCAAACCAAACCACCACAAGAGGGAAUCAUAAAAGCAAAUAAUAAAACGUUCGUAAAGCAAAUAAUUAAAUCAGGAAAAGUAGAUCGUGGUUCGAAGGUGAAGCGGUGCGGAGGCCGGUGACAGAGGAGACAAGCAACAAGCGGGCUGAUCGGGAACAAGUGCUGUCAGAGGACGCCGAUCGCGGCCAACCACACAGACAUCCGCGAUUGUCAAUAGGCGAAAACCCCCGCACCGAACAAAUCUAAGCAAAAGCAAUAACCUAACAAAUAGCAACAAACUUAGGCUUAUCAGAUGACUCACCUAUUUACGAGUUUACCGAACGUCUUCAGGAAGCAGGCAGUGCAGCAGCGAGUAGUGAUGGUGGUGAUGGUGGUGUCGCUCUCGACCGUGUAAGUGUAAACCGUACCAACCGGAACAGGGCGCUAGAUAUUAACGAUAUUGUGUGUAAAAGAUACCGAACAAUCGGUGGUAUCUUCCUCUGAGUGAGCUGGCAAGUGAGUGCGUCUGUUUCUCUGUGCGCGAGUGUGAGUGGUUUGUGAUGCUAGAGAGCUGCAGGUGAUCCUGCAAUGGUUCGUACGUGAACGUUUAGGCAAAACCGAAAACCUAACUAACCUCAGAAUAAAGCGACUCGGCCAAAUGGCUACCGUUUCGCGUGCGUCGUUUAUCGUGCGCGUGGGAGUUAUUGGUGCGUGUUCGCGACCAAGCAAUCACAGUUAGUGUUCAUGCUCGUGCCCGUUCGUCUUGGUGGUUGUGCUAUUGUGGGGCCGCGCCUAUGGAAAUAUAGAUUGGACGCUAGGGACGUGCCGGGACCGGUGGGCGCAAUGAGCGAAAUUGCGGCCGGACAAGCUGCUAGUAGCAAGUGUGCGCAGUGCAAUAGCAGGUAGUGCCUAGACCAUCGAUCGCGCCGCGAUCGAACAACACCGACCGUGCACACAUACACCACAUACCAUACACACGCACCCACCAAUAUUACACGUGAGAGAGAGAGAGCGAGAGAGCGCGCGCGCGUUUUUUUUCUUCUUGGUCCGGUCCGGUGGCAUGUGUGGCCGAGGUGGCCACUGUCGCAAUCAAAAUCUUCACGCAUCGGACAUCAGCGCCCCGAAAUUUGACGGAAUCGUAGUAGCAGUGGAGCGCGGGAACGAAGGACAGCCAAAUAAUACACCAAGCAAACAUUCUCAGCAAGCAACCUACGCCCAGUACCUACCGAACACUGUUCAUCAUCCUUCACUAAGCCUUCUUCAGUGUUUUUUGAGUGUGAUCGUGUGCCGAGUGUGUGUGUGUUUGUGAUUCUAUUUUGUUUCGCAUAUCGCCGCCCACCAAUUACCGCAAUCGUAACGCGGCACCCAAGGCAGGCACAGGUAGGUUGAAGGUACUUCAGUGACAGUUUCAAAAAAAAAAAAAAAAACAGAAGAACAAAACUCUCCGUGCUAUAUAACCGUUUCGAUCCGAGUGUUGUGAAAGUACUAAUCCCAGACCCCCAGACCGGGAGCCGGAACUGUUUCGGAACAUGUCGCCUCAAGUUUCGUGGUUUCACCGGUACCUUCCGCUUGGUCGGUGCAAGUUAACCGAACGAAGACUUCCGGACCGGACGACGUGGUUACUGCUCACGCUCAUCCUGAUCAGCACCCCAGGAAGGUUACAGUCAACGGCAGCCGACGAUCGGGGACUUCACAAGCGAGAAGCCGACUACACAUUAGAUGAUUCAUUCUGGAAUGAAGAAAGCCCAGUAGGUGAAGUGGAGCGUCUGCUGAAGGAGCACCAGCAAAACCAGGAGCUCGUGGAUAAGAUCGGUAGCAGUUACUACCAGAUCAUCUAUCCCGUACAGUUGCGCCAUCAUGAGAAGAUGGGCAUCUCGACGCGUGAAGUUAACCAGCCAAAGUUUCCACAGCGUGGCUAUGACGGUAGCUACUCGGGAAGUGGAGGUGGAGGCCGUGGCCGCUCGAGGACUGGGAAGCAUUUUCAUCGAACAUCACUUUUGAUAAAAGCUUUUAACCAUAAAUUUCGAUUAGAUUUGGAAUUAAAUACACAAUUACUAGCUCCCAACAUUGUACAGAAGCACUAUCUACCUAGCGGGUUCGCUCAGGAUUCACAUCGAGAAAUUGAACACUGCUACUACCACGGCACGGUUAAAGACUAUCCGGGAGCUAGUGCAGCCUUCCACACCUGCAACGGUGUCAGCGGUGUGAUACACGUCGGUAAUGAAACGUUUGUUAUUCAUCCAUUUUACGGAGGUGAUUUAUCGCAGAAACAUCCACAUGUUAUAUUUGAAGCACGUACAAAAUCAAAUAAAGGCUGUGCGAAUUCCGGCAACCUCGAGUGGAGGACGCGUUCCAUACGCCGCGGCAGCAGCCAUCAUGCCGGGCUGGUGGAGCUGAUCGAUCGUAACGGUGCUGGCCGGUACAGGCGGGAUGUGCGCGAAACCACCAAGUACAUCGAAACGGCCCUCAUUAUCGACAAGGCAAUGUUCCAGAAGCGCAACGGCAGUACCCGAACGGAGGUGGUCCACGACGCCAUACAGGUGGCCAACAUUGCCGAUCUGUACUUCCGUACGCUGAAUACACGCGUAUCCGUUGUAUAUAUCGAAACAUGGCAGGGCCAAAAUCAGGCCCAGAUCGAUGGAGGCAAAGAUAUUAGCAAAGCAAUAUCCAAUUUUAACGACUAUACAUCUAGGAAUUUGUAUAAAAUAGAUAAAGAUACGACCCAACUGCUGACUGGUGAAACAUUCGCUGGUGGUGAGGUUGGCAUGUCCGUACCGGAAACCGUCUGCACACCGAAAGCCGUUGGCAUUAGCGUAGACAUGAAUCCUUAUGAGCCGCAUCUGCUCGCCGGAACAAUGGCACACAUGAUAGGACAUAACAUUGGCAUGGGUCACGACGAUAACCGUGACGAGUGCAUCUGUCGGGACUGGCACGGUUGCAUUAUGUCGCAAUCGAUUGUCGGUCUGGAGAACGUCCAGCCGUACAAGUUUUCCGAAUGUAGCCGACUGGAUUACAUCGAUGCUCUGCGCAUCGGCCAUGGGCUCUGCUUGCUGAACAAACCGAACGAGGUGGAGCUCCGCAAGAACUGUGGCAACGGGAUCGUGGAGGACGAUGAGGAGUGUGACUGUGGCAGUGCGCUUGACUGCGACAAGACGGAUCCGUGCUGUGACGGUAUCACGUGCAAGCUAAAAAAGGAGUCCCAGUGUGCGACUGGGCCCUGCUGUGAUAAAUGUAUUCUAAAGCCUCCGGGCGUCAUCUGCCGCGAUGCGCACAACGAGUGCGAUCUACCCGAAUACUGCAAUGGCGAGUCCGGCCAGUGCCCACCCGAUGUACAUAAGAAGAAUGGCAACCCGUGCGGUAUGAACUCGACCGGCUUUUCGACAGGUUACUGCUUCAACGGUGUUUGUCCGACCCAGGCUGCCCAAUGCGAACGGAUCUGGGGCUACAGUGGUACCGGUGCCGAUCGCGUGUGCUACGAACAGUUCAACUCGAAGGGCUCCAUUAACGGCCAUUGCGGCAAGGACAGCAAUGGCAACUACAUCAAAUGUGAACCAGAAAAUAUCCAGUGCGGUUCAUUGCAGUGUAAGGAUGGUGACCGUACGCCAGUGGAGGAUUGCAGUGAACAUCUGUACUCACGAGCAAUCAUCUCCAUACGUGGCACGGAGUACGAAUGCAAGUCAAUCACUGGGACGUCCACUAACUCCAACACGCCACCGUUCGGGCUGGUACGCGAUGGUACACCGUGCGGCGAUAAUCUGAUCUGUGUCAAUCAGACGUGCGUCAGCAUCUUUCCAUACAUCGAUCAAACCAAGUGUC